GCUUUAGAAAGGUGAAUGCGGUACGUUUUUCACUAUGUCGGUCAAUACGACGAAAGUCUUCAUUCUUCUCGAACCUGUAUGUCAAAGAUCAGCAGCACGUGUGAAGAGAAUCUAUUCUUCAGCAAAACUCAGUCACUUCCAGCCGAACCAAGCAAGGGGUUUUUCUUACUUGCCCAAUUAUGACUUUUCUCAUGAGACAGAGCAGCGAUGCCGAGAAACCCUAAGUAGGACAACAGUACCCAAAGUAGCAUCCGCGGGUGUUUUGGUUACCUUAUGCAGCUUAAAAGGGGUUCCAUCGUUCCUUUAUACUUUACGGUCCUCCCAGCUACGGGGGAGACAUAAGGGAGAUGUCAGUUUCCCAGGAGGCAAACGGGAUGCUUCAGACAGGGACAUUGUACACACAGCACUGAGAGAAGCACAAGAAGAACUGGGGGUGACACUGAGUCCAGAUUUAGCAUGGGGACCCAUGAAGCCCAUCACUGAUUGGACUGGUAUGGUAAUUGUCCCGGUACUGGCCAAUAUAGGGCCCCUGGAGGAUCUGGCACCAAAUCCUAACCCAAAGGAGGUGGAGUCUCUUCUCACGCUGCCCAUUUCUCUUGCUUGUACGGACGCAGCCCGUGGGUACACAAGCUUCCGUCAGCACGGCCGUUACUCGUACACAUUACCGGUUUUCCGCCUCCUGGGAUACAAGGUUUGGGGACUCACGGCAAUGAUGACAGACUCUGCACUCUUACUGCUGCUUCCAGGCAUAUAUCGCAGUGUUCUGCAUGGAUCUCGGACUCGUUAAUAAACAUGCAUGUUACUGCUUAAUCGUUACCUACAACCUUUACCAAUUCUGAACUAUGAAUAAUCUUAAACAUUAGCAUCCUUUAAACUGCAAACACUUAUAAUGAACUUCUUAUUCACAGAAAUGAUUAAAGCAAAUUUCUGGUUUAUUAACACACAAGAUGCUACACGGUAGUCAUGCGUUAUGUAUUCUUAUAAAUAACGUCAAUUGUAAGAGCAUUAUCGUGUAUAUUCUCAGCUGCUGGCCUGCUCCCUCUUAGCCGCAUUGAAUUGUCUCAUCCGUUCCUCCAACUCUGGGCGGAAGUGACGAAU